AUUUGGUUGAAGUCAGUGCUGACCUUCCUUCUAAAAUAGCAGUAGGAUAAUAGCCUAUCUGUUCGCAUCGAGACUAUUGGAGACGUCUAAAGACCGUGUCAACUGAACGGCCUGCUUCGUGCAUUCCAGGGUAAUUCCAUUCGGGUCAUUAGGCUACAGAAUAUUUGUUAAGGCAUCACACCAUUCUCAAGCUAUACGAUACAUUCUGAACGAAAACACCACAAAGGAUCUGCUUUGAAUAUUGUAUGACCAGUAAAAUUCGACUGUUUGGAGGACACCCAUCCCGUCCAUACUGCGGCCACCAUCUAUCUCCAGCAGGCUCGAGGCUCUGCCCCGGAACGUGUAUUCAUCCGGGAUUGCGCUGCAAUAAAACUUUCGUCCAUCUGCUUUGACAUCUCGGCGACUCCCGCGUUCUCUGCUAAAGCAAAGAACGAGGACAUUAUUCAAUGGCUAUUAGGUCUACGUACAGAACGAUUAUUUAUCAGGCUCGCGUGUGUUUUUGUUUUAGUGUUUCAUACCGAAACGUAUGAUAUGAUGACAAUUGCCUAGGAUUAGCUAGAUGACAAUUCCUUUUCCAAUGUUCCCAAAGAGGGAAGCCUGAUGCUAUGAGGGUGUUUUGACACAUCAAGGUGACGCGUGUGAUGUUAGUUGUUUAUCAGCAACAGGAAUCAAGGAUAUUCGUAAUGCAGUUUGUUACGUUUGAAGGCGGUUACAUUGAAACAAUGUAUCAUAAUGGCAUCACGUCUCGUGCCUGGGAAGCGAAUUGAUGAUGGAUUGUUGUUACAUUGUAGCUACCCGAUUGUAAUAGUUUACUUCUUUUUGCGUGUUAUUGGUGAGCUAUUUUUCCAUUACGUGGAGAUUGUGAUUAUAUUUUUCCAGCGUGCACUUCAUCGUCAUCAUUCGGCUCCUGUGUUCCAUUUUUGAAUUUCUUCGAGGCUGACACGUAUGCUACAGUAAGGAUUUUAUCACAGAAUACACAAACAUGGGAACUCAGAUUACUGGCACUGGAAGAAAAAGAAUCCCCAACAGGGAGAGACUGACCGCAGAGGACGAUGCCCUCAAUCAAAUCGCUCGAGAGGCUGAGGCGAGACUGGCAGCGAAGCGGGCGGCAAGAGCAGAGGCACGGGAGAUACGCAUGAAGGAACUGGAGAGACAGCAGAAAGAGAUGUAUCAAAGCCAGAAGAAAUACUAUGGUCUGGACAACAAAUGGGGCCACAUUGAGCAGUGGAUGGAGGAGAGUGAGAGGUACUCCUCCCGUCCUACACGGAGACACACGUCGAUCUCAGACGAUGAGGAACGGAUGUCGGUGGGGAGCCGAGGAAGCCUUAGGAGAAACUUCUCAUCUGAUCUGUACUGCAGCUCCAACAGUCUCCCCUCACUCAGACAUCAAAAUUCCACUCAAAAUGGCCGGCCCUCCAUGCUCUUUAUUGAUGGCCCACGCACCCAGAGUCACAGGGGCUCUGUGUGUGACGAGGCUGUGCAGAGUAGCACACGGCGCUUUAGUGGCUCCAUCUCUCGCGGUCCUUCAGACUACAGUGGUUUUCUGGGCUCCAACUCUCGGGCCUCGUCCAGGGCCAGCUCUGCCCGUGCCAGCCCAGUGGUGGAGGAGAGAUCAGACAGGGACUUCCUGGAAAAGGGUUCCAGGACUGCCUCUACCCUCUCAGCAGCCACUCUAGCAUCGCUGGGAGGGCCCUCCUCUCGCAGAGGCAGCUGUGACACCUCUAUCUCAGUAGAGACAGAGGCCUCCAUUCGAGAGAUAAAGGACUCCCUGGUGGAGUCUGAGGAGAAGUACCGUAAGGCCAUGGUGUCCAACGCCCAGCUACACAACGAGAAGUCCAACCUCAUGUACCAGGUGGACACGCUGAAGGACUCGCUCAUUGAGUUGGAGGAGCAGCUGUACGAGUCUAAACGAGAGUACAACGACAAGGCCAAGGAGUUUGAGAGGGAGAGGCACGCCCACAGUGUUCUGAAGCGCCAGUUUAACGAGAUGAGAGAGACGCUGAAACAGAGUGAAGAACUGUUAACCGAGGUGGGCCAGCUGCGUCUCAAACAGGACAGCUGUGUUAGGGAGAUCUCCGACCUGCAGGAGACCCUCGGAUGGAAGGAGAAAAAGAUUGGGGCCUUAGAGAGACAGAGGGAAUUCUCAGACGCCGGCGUGCGGGAUGAGCGGGAUAAGCUCAGGGAUCAGGUGGUCCACCUCAAAGACACUCUAAAGAAACAUGGGAUAGUGCUGUCACCUGAAGUAACCACCAAUGGGGAUGCAGGACAGAUGAUUGACGGGCCUCGCAGUGCAGACUCUAUCUCUCGAUUGGCUCAGGAGUCCCAGCCAUCCCAUGGUGGGGAGAGCAUGCUUGGCGAAGCACCAGAGAUGCAGUUUGACCAUGGCGAGGUGAGGACACCAGGGGGAGGCAGACUUCUACAUGAGGCUGACAACUACUCACAUGACCAGGAGAGGGCACUACUGGAGAUAGAAUCUUCAGACAAGUUGAACCAAGACAAGUUGAAUGACAGCCUGCAGCAACAAACAGACACUGAAGCAGAGCAGUCCAAGUACUGUGACCAAGAGACCCAGGUGGAUGUUGCUGUACCUGAAGAAGCCAUUUUGGUGCAUUUUGGUGACAAAGAGACUCAGAUUGAAUAUGAAGUAGAGAAACCCCAAUACUGCGACACAGAAACUCUGGUGGAACCUGCUGAACUUGAGGGAGCCAUUUUGGUUCAAAAGGAAUAUACAGAUGGUGGCAGUGACAAUGGAGAGGAGUUGAAUCAAAGAGGAUUUGAACCAGAAUCCCAGGAACAGGCAGAGAAUGAGGAAAACAGUGGAGAAAGUAACAGGGAAGCUGUACCAGUAAGUGGUACCACUGACGGACAAUGUGAGGAAAACACAAACCUUGAGAAAGGACGGGAAAACACAGAGCUUCUCACAGCUGUGUCUACUGACUCUGAAGAACAGGACAUCUCUGGCCCAACUCUCUGUGAUGAGACAGAGGCAACUUUUAGUCAAAUCCAAAGUGACCAGCAAGGAGAGAACACUCAGGAGUAUGAUCCUGGGACUAAAGGUCAAGUCAUUCCAGAAAACUCAAGGAUCACGGAAUCUGAGAUGAUUAAGAUGAUUCUGAGGAUUUCUGUAUGUCUAGGGGAGGCAAAGACCAGCCCAAAUCAGAUGUCUCAGGGAUCAUUAAAGAACACAGAUACAAUAGGGAUGGAGAUGAAGAAUCACCCAGAGCAUCAGGCAGAGACUGGCCAAGUAACAUCUACUGGAACAUGUGCUAUCUCAUCUACAGUCUCUGUUGAACUGUUUAUCUCUGAAUGUCCUGACGAGGUUGGAAUUGGAACAGAUCUGCUCAUAAUAAACACUUUAAGUGAAUUUGAGAAAGACACACAGAAUUCUCUAGAACUUCGGCAACAUCAGAAUGAUCAUUUCAGGACAGAAAGCUCUGUGGAAAUUGUGCCAAAGAUCACAGACUCUGACGGACAGAAAUUAUCUGAGAGGGUUGAAGAGCUGGAGUCGAGUUCAGUGGAGAGCAAGCCAGAUCAGACUUGGCAGGAAUCUGUAUGUGGCAUGAAGGAAGAUGAACCAAAUACUAAAGAGCUUCAGGCAAAGGAGCCCCCAUCCACUAUCUCUGACAAAAUGGUAACACCUAUCAUAACAGAGGAGGGGAAGACUAGACUAGACCAACAGGUGAUCCCUGAUUUACCAGAGAGGCUAGAGACCAGCUUAGAAAAUACCUUACCAGGAGUUCAAGGUGAUCAGAAGAUGGAUGUAGCAGAAUCAAGGGAGAAACAAGGAUGUACCUGUAAAUGUACAUGUAAACAAUCCGAGAGUGAUCAUGUACUGACGGAAAACUCACUGGAUGUAGCUCUAACUCAGAGGAUCAGCGACUCUAGUGGAGAGGUUAUCUCAGACAGGACAGAGGCGGUAGAGCCCAGCCCAGACAGGAUCCAAUCAGAAUCACCCAGUCGUGUAGAGAGAGAAGAAUGGUGCAUCAUUGAGGAGAACAUCUAUGAGGAGAAUCUCCAGCAGGAAGCCAUUCAGGAGGAGCAACAGACAGAACAGGGGGAGGCUUCAACAAGUUCACCAGCAGGGGGAGACAAUGAGUUAAACCAUGGGGCCUCCGCUGGAUAUAUAGACAGUUGUGAAGAAGCCGUUCUAAUUGUGAAAGAGGAGGAAACCUAUCUAUCUGUAGAAGAAGAGCACAUCAGCUCCUCACCCGGACCCUCGGCACUUGGCCAAGAGAUACAGCCAUUACCCGAGGCGGUGGAGGAGGGGAGAGAGCGCCCCCCAGUGGAAGAUGCCCAGAAACAGGAGAGCGGUGUAAGAAAGGGACAAAGGGGCAAUAGGAAGGGCAAGGGAAAAGUUCCUUGCAAAGUAAACUAGUUGACGAGCACUGUACUCUGUGUUAUUUGAUGUGUAAUAGACUACUGACUGGGGUUGCAGCCAGUCUCUGUGGGUUUCUUUGUUUUACUCAAAGGAAUUACAGGUUUUAUUUAAUGCAUUAUUUAGUGCCUUGAAUAAAUUAACCAUGUUGAAGAGCGA